CAACAUGCUUGGAAGGGAACGAACUGAUCUUCUUUGGCAUUCGAUGUCAUCGUGAUAUUAGUCAUGGCCAAGGUGACAGCAAUGACUCACUCUCCAUGGUCUAUUCUCUAUAAUUGGGAUUGAUUUAUCUCACCUUUCCAACCAUCACGGAUACUACAAGUUGUAUACACACACACUCUCACACAAAUAAACCAUGUCUCUUGACUGGAGUCUCCCCACAGCGCUGGUGCUCAUCGACAACCAAGCAGCCUUCACUCACCCAACUUACUGGGGGACCUCCCGCUCCAAUCCGUCCUACGAGGACAACAUCCUAUCUCUCAUCCAGGCCUUUCGAGCCGCCAUCAAGAACCAAACUGGAGGGGGAAACGCCAAGGAAAUAAUUCACAUCUUCCAUUCGUCAACUACCCCAAAUUCCCCUCUCCACCGCAAUGACCCCGGAAACGGUAUCCAGCCACUUGAUGUUGCCCAGCCGGCGGCUGACGGAUCUGAAGUGAUUAUGUGGAAGUGUGUCAAUUCAAGCUUCAUAGGGACCGACCUGGAAGUGCAUCUUCGUACUCGAGGGAUUCGGCAGAUUCUUUUUGCCGGCCUCACAACAGACCAUUGUGUAUCGACCACGGUACGCAUGGCAGCGAACUUAGGGGUCGUGGACCGGUACCCCGACGGGCCCUCGGCACUUGACCCAGAAGAUGGCAUGCCUAACCAGGCCCGCGUGGAUCGGGGGCACAUCGUACUUGUUGCUGAUGCUACGGCAACUUGGGCAAAGGGGGGCUUCGAUGCUGAGACUGUCCAUGCCGUUUCAGUGGCGAGCUUAGAAGGCGAGUUCGCCGACGUAAUGAAGACGGAGGAUGUUGUGAAAGCUUUGAAGCAAAUGAAUUGAAUCAAUUUCGAGCAAUGCUGUUACACCUCGAGGUAUCUUCUUGGCUAGCCAUUUAUACUUUAAGUCAUGUUCCAUCAAUCAAUCUGCUU